GAUAGUUUGUUUUGCUUAUGGUUUGGGCGAUAAUAGAUAUAAGUAUUCUCAGUCGACACAACACAACAGAGAGUCGAUCCAUGCAGAACUGCGCCACCCCACCCCUACUCUUACCCUUCUCCCAGCUCCACUUGGAGUGAUCUUCGAAAGUUCCAGUACCAAAGAUCCAGCAAAAGCCCAAUUUCCCAUCUCGUCAAGCUCGCUGGAUCCGAGAGAUCAUGACCAACAACAACAGCUUGAUCACAUUCAUCCUUCUCGCAAUCGCCGUCAAAGCACUCGCGGGAGACGAUGAUCAAUGCUUUGGCAGCAUCAACAACGCGGCGGCGGGCACUCCCUCGCAGCUCUGGUCCACCGAUCUCCGGAGCUCCGGCGCUCCACUCCCCACCAACGCAUUCUGGCUCAACUACGUGCUCCAGGACGGAUCCCAGCCCGAGUACAUCCACCCCUACUCAAUCCGAUUCAAGCAAGGCCUCGUCUCCCUGUGCUAUCCCAAGCGCCUCCUCCAGCCCACCGCCGUGAUCCAGGUCCACACCGACGAUCUCUCCAUCUCGUGCAAGGAGGAGCCCGGCACCGCCUUCGCCGUCUCGGCCUUCGACGACCUCAGCGUCACGCUGGCCAGCCAGGGCCGCCGCCUCACGGUACCGCUGGUCCGCGGCAGCCCCUACGUCACCUUCCUCUUCCGCGGCGGUACGCCGCUACUGUCCACCAUCAACGCGGUGAUCAACGUCACCUCCAACCCGGACGCCACCAAGCACAAAAUCCUCUUCAACAGCGGCCAGACAUGGCUCCUCUACUCCUCCUCGCCGCUUCCAAUCUCCAUCGACGCCACCACCAGCAGCUUCGCGCUCCGGGCCGACGCCAGGCCCUUCACCGGCACGAUCCGCGCGGCAGUGCUCACCGACCCCGCCUCGGAGCCCACCCUGGACACAUACAGCCAGUGCUACGCGACGCGCGGUACCGUGGAGUUUCCAGCGCCCUUCACAAUGCAGCACAAGUACACCACCGCCGGCAGCACGGGGGAGCUCCUGCUGCUCAGCCUGCCCAUGCACCGCAGCAUACUGCAACAAGCCGGCGGCACGGGUACGAACGCCGCCCGCGGCAUGCCGUCGCUGACGUACAACAGCAUCGACGGUCAGAUGGAAGGCGUGGUGGGCUCCACGUGGACACUCCGGGCGGGCGGUGCCAACGUCAGCUGGCAUUCACCGCGCGGACUCCGUGCGGACCCAGCGGCGGCACACGAGAUCAGCGCCGCGCUGCAGCGGGACGUGGACGACCUCCCGGGCGUCAUAGUGAACUCGUCCACGUACUUCUUCGGCAAGGCCGCUGCCCGUGCCGCACGGCUCGCGCUCAUAGCCGAGGAGGUGGCCAGGCCUGACUUGACGGGGAGGAUUGCCGCCACCUUGAGGAACUCGCUCGCGCAGUGGCUGGACAGUAACCACGCUGUCAAUCCAAACAUGAGUAACAGCAUUGGCUAUGAUCGCCAGUGGGGAGGCCUCGUGAGCAGCGACGGUGCUGCCGACAGUGGUGCCGACUUUGGCCUUGGAAUGUACAACGAUCACCACUUCCACUGGGGCUACUUCGUCUACGCGGGAGCCGUGCUCGCAAGAAUGGACCCGGAGUGGGGGAGCCAGCACCGCUGCCAGCUCUACUCUCUCGUGUCCGACUACAUGCAGCACGGUACCUCGCAGCACAACUCGGGCAGUGCCGCGCGGUACCCCCGCCUCCGCCACUUCGACCACUGGCUCAUGCACUCGUGGGCCGCGGGGCUCAAGAACUUCGCCGACGGCCGCAACCAGGAGAGCACCAGCGAGGCCGUCAACUCGUACUACGCGGCGUCGCUGCUGGGCUCCGCCUUCCACGACGCGGCGCUGGCCGAGCUCGGCGUCACGCUGGUGGCCUUCGAGACGCACGCCGCGCAGUCGCUGUGGCACGUACCGCUGGGCAGCGAGCUGUACGAGGCUGAGUUUGUGGCGCGCAACCGGAUGAUCGGGGUGCUCUGGGCCAACAAGCGCGACACGGCUCUCUGGUUCGGUCCGCCCGAGUGGCUGGAGGUCCGGCUGGGCAUCCAGGUGCUGCCAGUGACGCCGGUGACCGAGGUGCUUUUCUCGGACACCGGCUUCGCCAGGGAGGUGGUGGAGUGGGCGUCUGCGGCUAUGGACUCACGGCCCGAGGCCUCUGACGGCUGGAAGGGGUUCGUCUUCGCGCUCCAGGCGAGCUACGACCCCGCCACUGCUCUCCACCACGCCAGGCAGCUCAAGGAGUUUGACGACGGCAACUCGGCCUCCAACUUGCUCUGGUGGAUCCACACACGGGCUGCCAAUCGGAUCUAACUAGCUUAGCCGAGAAGCCUGCUUGUGUGCGUUAACCAGUAAAGCUAUCACCACCUUGUUGAUGAGAAGCUCCAGCUAUGGCAUAGAGUUGAAAGCGUUUCCCAGCUGACUCGAUAGAUCUUCGCCUGUACUCUCAAGCUCCGAAAGAUUCGACCACCUUGAAAAAAAAGCUCGAGUUUUGCAGCCUGUGUGCGUUAACCAG